AUGCACGCUCCUAUUCAUUUCCCGCGCGCCUUGCGGGUAAAUCAAGUUGACGCACUGCGUGUGGAUCAGGAGCUCGUGCUUCUGCUGCAAGAGGAGGCGAACGGAAUCCUUCGGCGGCUGUUGCCCCUUUCAGCCGGCAGGUGGCAGCGUGAGCUGUUUCUUGCGAUUCAACUUUUCUUCUUCUGUGCAUAUACACUUCGAAAUCGGCCGUCGCCUGGCGACCUCCUUCAAAAUGUCAAAUAUCGAUCGCAGGCUGACCACGGGCCGUCAACGGCGGCCGGUGCCACCUCCGCGGGGUCUGAUUCGGCCUCAGCAGUAGUAGUGGAGGCCGCGAGUUCUCUGCAGGGACAAAUCGGCGUUCCGCUAGCAUCGCAGGAAACUGGCGGAAGCACUACACGGCGGCAGGAAGCAGGCCGUCUCCACCAGUUCUUGCCGAGGCGGACGAAACUUGUAAUUCUUCUGUUGUCCAUCCUCCUCCCCUACGGUUUCGAGGUGCUUCAAAACGUGAUUACGGAGCGUUACUUGGCGCUCCUGGCCGUUCUACAGCAGCGAGCUCGCCGCGCAGAAAUUCGCCAGCGCUUUCAGCAACGAAGACAGCAGCAGGGCACCGCCGCCGGGACGUCUGCGGCUGCUCCAUCUUCGUCGGGAGCAGAGGCUGUAGCACUAGCUAGUCACACACAGCCUGCAACACACGUUCCGCCCGUUAGCUUGACGCGAGACGAACGCCUGCUUGUUGUGGCGUAUCGAGGAUGCCAAGCAUUGCAUGUUUCGCUUGUCGCGCUGCAGCUGGUUCAAGCUAUCCGUUUCUUGUUGGACGGCACCCACCGGAGCGUGACGGAUUGGUUGCUCGGUCUUGAGAUGGAAGUGAUCGCCCCGUCGCUCCCGCGAAACAUAUCGUUAGAACUUCUGCAGCACCAACUGUACUGGCACGCCUUCACGCAGCUGAUGUUACUCGUCGUUCCAAAUCUCCCUCAGCACCACUUGUUGUUUCAGCGCCUUCUCCGUCUAAGGAGAUUCUCUGGCGACAAGCUCAUCUUCGUCCGCCGUCACCUGCUGGAGUGGCUGCGCUCAAAGGAGGCGGAUCUUCUCAGGCGGGAGACGCAAGCGUCUGAACGGUAUACACAGCACUCUGCUCAGGAGACACGGACUGCCUCCGCGGCUGCUGAGCCAGUCGAGGGUCGCUCGAAACUUGGGCUGCAACCCACGGGAAAACGUUCCCGUUCUAAAGGUCUCGCUCCGCAGCCGCCACCGGCCCUCGAUACGACUCUUGGCCGAUCCCGGCGUCAUGGAGCGCAGUCAGCAAGAAGCCCUCCUGCGGAGGCCUCUGGCAUCCACCAGGUUCGGUCACUUUCGUGGCGAGUAAAGGCUUCUCUCGCGAGGAUUGGUGCUCUGUGCUCGAUUCACACGUGCCGAUUUCUUCGGGCGAGCUGCGCCGCCGUGGCGCGCCUAACCCAGGGAGGCCUCGAGUAUCCGCUUUCGGCGGAAAGCGCCAUGUCUGGCGAUCGCGUUCAUCAGCCAGAUGCCGACAUUUGGGAGGGAGCGCCACGGGCUUCUGUCGCUUCUUCGUUCGUGGAGGACGUCGUUUCUGGCGACGGCGACGCGUUCGACUCUGCAGCGCACGCCGGCCGUCCGUGUGUUUUCUGCGGGAAAGAAGACAUCCUCGUUCCUUUUCAGGGGGAUACGUGCCGGCAUCGCUUCUGCUACUGGUGUGUCGCUUCGCAUCCACUCUACCGACCGCCGCCCACGGAACAGCACUCGCGCCGUCCUCAGAGUGAAAACUCAAUUUCUGAGGAGGAAAGCGAGAGCCUCGAAUGCCCCGAGUGCGGCGCUCCUAUCCGAAGGAUUGCCUGGGCGCGGUAG